AUGAGCAGCGCACAGAGCCAGAACGACGUCGCAAGUCCGGUAAAUGAGCAGUCAAUGGACAUGAAUGAGCAAAAAUCAUCGACUGCAGCGACUUGUGCGCCUCAUAAAAAGGCUCAAAUGACGCAGGAUCAUCACUUACAUGAUGUCUACGUAGCUGUGGAUGCGUUGGACAGCGCUAGCCCCAGCAAAAAGCGUCGACGGAUACGGAGAGACAAGAAGGAGAGCAUUUUGAAGCCAUUUGAAGCUGCUUUUGCCUCCCAGAAGCACAAAAAGUCUAGUUUAGAGACGAUGAAGGACAGUGGAGAAGUUUUGGAGGAAAACAGAUAUGUGGACGACAAAAAAGACGUUCCAAAAGAGACGUUGGAAGACGUUGGAGAAGUGUCGGUGAACGAGGAGCCAGAAAAUAAUGAGGAAUUAAUGUCUCAGUCGUUAGGAGAUGAGGAAAAAGGCAACGAAACAUAUGGUGAUGUGUCAGAGGAGAAGCAAAGAAAACUGUGUGCAACAGACGAGGUGUCGACGAGAGAGGAAACGGAGCCUUUUACAGCAUCUGUGCCGUCCCAAGCUGGUUAUAUCUAUGGUGUUGAUAUGGUGUUCCCAGAGGACGAAGUGCCGAUUGAGUUGUGCCCUUUUUCGAGCGAUGGAAGUGUUGAUCCGACGCAUGAGGAGUCACUACCUCGCACAUUGAAUAAUGCAGAGAAGACUUCGCCACAAGUUGCAUCAACUCCACCAAACACUACUGCACCGAUUCCACCAGGAAUACUAGUGACACCAACAGUUACUGCUCCCACAACACCCGCAUUAAUGACAACAGAAGAUUCAGCGACACAAAUCGUUGUAAAGCGUCCGGUGGGACGGCGAAGACGCAGAAAGAAAUUGAAUUAUUCAUUUGCACGAAAUAAAGCAGCUACCAAAAAAGCAAAGCAGGAGCACGACAAUGUGCCAGCGUCAACUGCAUCAGAGGGCACAUUGAUCACUCCAGUUAACGGACACUCAGCCGAAAACGGGGUGGAGGAUGAAGUUGACAGUACGGCACCUCCGUCACCAGUGUAUCCUAAUGCUGGUACAUCGUACCUAUACCCGUCUACAUCAAAAGGCGCGCCAUGGCAAUGGAAAGAUGUUGAAAUGUAUUUUGAUCCGGUUGCACAGAGCGACCUGGAUACCCUGAUACGAUGGCGCAGAGAAAACGCUAAUUUUAUAGCUGCGAAUCCAAAAGCAUGGCGCGGUGUGUCAGGAAUGGAGAGCAAGCGUGCCUUAUUAGAGACCAUGGUUGCUGAUGCUUCAGAUGCUUUGGGGGUGCAUGUGGACUUCCCCAUUCGCCGGGGACGUAGUUACCUUGACAUAUGGGAGGAAAUCGACUUUCUUGAUCAGCAGAAGCGCGAUAGCUCUGCAGGCGAAACUCAGGUGACAAGUCAAGUGGUGAAGAUGAAAAAGAAGCGCAAAAAGGUUAUCAUGAGAGCGGAAACAUCGUUGCUAGUAUCUCAUCGCGACCUGGUUUAUGGAUACGAUGAUGAUCGAUUCCAGGAUUUUAGAGACCACUUGGCGUGUCGCGUGAAGGCUUGUCAGUCUGACUUGCCUCCAACUACACCGCCGAUGCCUUCCAUAAGACGACAACAAAAUACCAAUACGGAAGUCGUCGAAAAUGUUGCACAGUCGAUAACUGAGGAAGUUGAAUUUGAUGAGGAAGUUCUGCCUAAUUUUCCCAUCUGUCAGCUGCAUCCAGCGUCUCUGGGACUUUGGAAGCUACGCAGAAAGCAAGAUCCAGAUUAUUCAGUUGUCCAUCCUGCGUCUGUUAAUCGUUCACAAGUUCCAGCUCGUUGGAAAGAGGAGAUGGAGCAUCAUAAACAACAACAAUAUGAGCUUCAACUCCAGCAAACGGAUAAAUCAGCUCACCCGGUUGAUGAUGACCGUACUAGUGACAGCACGCGCGACCGACUUCAUGUUACGAUUUCAAACCGCCAAGUUACUGGUAAACUUCCAUCGUUUGGCAACAGUGUGGAAGAGGAUGAAAUAUCGCAGACGCUCGCUGCUUCGGUAAGAAGUCUGAUAUCGCUAUCCAUUUACAAUUGGCGGACCGCUCAGAUCGUGUAUGAAAGAGCAGCAUGUAGUAUCCAGUGUGCACCAAUCCUGGAGAGCGAAGCUGCCGUUGCGCGAGAACUGGAGGAUGUGUUUUUGCAGUUGUGUUCUCCGAACGACACCAGCACGGAUGCUGCUGUACUCCCUGGUAGCGAUCUAACUCGUCUACCUCGGCCGUCACUGAUAAAAAAGAGUACUCCACAUGACAUGAUUGCGCAUAGUGUACGCCACGAUGUUGCGGACAAUUGUUCACUUGCCGUAGCGGCGUCGGUGGAAUUUGCCCUUCAAUUGAGUGUAGGAGAUGCGGUGGACGUACUCGAUAGAAAAGGAUGCUGGAAUUAUGGCGAAGUCGUGGAAACCUACUCGGAAGACACGCUGGGGGUUGCUACGUUUUUGUUAAUUCGAUUUUCGUUGUGGCCCGACGACAACGUGGAAUGGAUCGCAGCUAGCGAAGGCCGCAUAUUGCCUCAAGGUGUCGCUGACGGCUCGCGACUCGCUUCCGUUGGCCCCACUCGUGCCCAUCGAGUCCGUAUUCGAUAUGAUCAAAACCUUGCAAGAGAUCUCGAGCUUUCAUUUCCGCAGCGACAAGCUAAACAGGCGACCGCUGCGUCGCAAGUGCUAGCACAGCGGCAACACAACAUUAUUACACGAACUCCAAGUGAUGUACAAAAGACGUCGCAGAAGCGUAAACGAAAACGCCCGGCCAAAUGUGCGGUUGUCGCUACAACUUCGUCGUAA